AUGCCUACACCACUUCCCUCGAGUUUUGCUUCGGCUGCCGCAGGCAACGCCCAGGAUCCCAAUCGAAGAGGGGAUGGGAGCACCGGUGGAGAAUGGUCGCGAUCCCGCAUGAACGGAGCUACGCAGACAUUCCGUCGCCCCUCAAUGGCUACCAAUCCUUCGCACUCACGGGAUAGUAGUCAAAUGGCGUCUGCCUCGACCCCGACAUCCUCUGGGGCCUAUAUCCCUCCUCACUUGAGCUCAAAUUCCCUCUCUAGUGUACAACGCAACGGGGACGCUCGAUACUCGAAAGAGCAACUCCUAGAAAUGUACAAGGCACAGCGGGAAUCCGGCUUUUUGGGUAAGCAUGUGGAGGAUUAUUUUGUCGCUGACUGGGAUCCUCAUACUGUCUCAACUCCCACGAAUGGGGCGUGGGGCAAGCGGGAUGACCACAAGACCUCUGCAGGCCCUGAAGUGUGCUGGGAUCAUGGUGGUCAGGCUGAGCCCUUAGGCCUUACCGAUAUGUCAGACGGAGAAAAAGAGUUGUUCUCUGCUUCGGUCAACUCUCCCCUGAAGCCACCACCUGCCAACGCUGCGAAGGAGAAUCCAGCUACUGGUACUACGGGCCGGAAGUCGUCGAUCUCGUACACCCAAGGCCAUGCAAACAAUUACCAUACCGCUUCUCCAAGUGCGCCGCGCCCUCCAGCCCGCCGCCGAGAGACUGGCGAUUCUGUCGGCAACCCAAUGUCACCUACCGGGUCGAAUACUCGAUUCUUCCGUGACGACGCUAAUACCUCAACCCCUCCCCCUGCCCUUCUCCGCCGUAAGACGGAUUACCGCGAAACAAACGCCAAGGAUGAUAAACCAAAGGAUGCUAGCCAGGAAACUGCUUCACCUUUUGGUAGUUUGAAGCGAAGCUCCACGAAUCCCCUGAACCCAAGUCUCAGCGGACCCGGCUCACCCUGGGGCACUGCCUCACAGAACGCCAAUUUCUCACCCAUGGGAGCUUUUGGCGCAUUCUCCAUCAACUCGGCCGCUGCUCACACGCCUACUGCGGAAAAGAAAGCUGGGUUUGGCAGUCUCCGUGGGGAGAGUAGAUUCAAGGAUUUGCUCUCCAAGGACAGCACGGACGAUUCAGCAAGUCCUGCCAGAGAAAAGCCUCCUGUCAACCUCGAGCGACUCGCUGAGGAAGGCAGUGACAAGCGAUCCCAGUCGCCGUGGGGGGAUGCUGUGAAAACGCGGUUGAAUCGAAGUGAAACAAAUCCCUUCGAUGAACCCCGUAGCGGUAGCGCUGCUCUUGGUGGAUCUCAGGACAUCGAGGCUCCGUCCCAGGCCGAUCUUGGAUUCGGGGCUUUUGGUAUGACUUCAAGCAUACCCGGUUUCCGGGAGUUAAUGCAGAGCCAGGAGAAUUCGCGGAACCCAACGCCAAGUCUCCUCCAAGGGCAUGAGCCCACCAGCCCGACGAACACCAACCCGUAUCAAAGCCCCCACGGUGAUCGCGUGGCUGCUGAGGCAGACGAUGUUGAUACAGAUGGUUCGGAUAUUCAGCACCCCCAGCAUCCUGGUCUCAGCGGACUUCGAGAUUCAUCCAAUCCAUUUGGAUCGAUGCGACGCGUCGGCUCGGGCAUGGAUCUUCCUUCGAUUGAUCGUAGUCAGAACUCCAGUGUAAACGCGAAUCGAAAUUUCCCCGGACUUGCUGGACUGGGCGGUCUAUCAGGCCUGGGAGGCUCGUCGGGUUGGCCCUCUAGCGAUGCUAUCGGCACUCCAACUCGUGAUCGUUCAGCAUUCGUUGGCGGUUUUGGCGAUCCCAUCUUCGGCUCUAUGGGCGGUUUGCAAUCUCCGAGUCUAGCCACACUCGGAGGCGGCGGCCUAUUCAGCCCACACGCUGGUCUGUCGGGGACAACAAGUAUCGGUCGGUCAAGCAAAUUGGGCGCACUUUUCUCCGGAAUGGGGGAAGAGCAAACUCGCUCAGAAUCAGUGGGUCUGGAACAAAGUGACGCUCAUCUUCUUGAGAGGGGCGGUCAGGCCAACAAGCCUGGCUCGAAUUCUGCGUCCCAGACCCCGGUAUCUGCGGUCGGCUCUAUUCCUGCAAACAUCGCUCAUGAUCCAAACCAGGCUCCAACCCCCGGUGGCUCCCUCUCUGCGGCUCAGCAGCGAACCAUGGUCAUGCCGGAUCGGAUGCGCUGGAUCUAUCGGGAUCCGCAGGGUAACAUUCAGGGCCCGUGGACCGGUCUAGAAAUGCACGAUUGGUUCAAGGCUGGAUUCUUCAGCCCCGAUUUGCAGAUCAAGAAGUUGGAGGAUGGCGAGUUCGAGCCACUGGCUCAGCUGGUCCGUCGCAUUGGCAACUCUCGCGAACCCUUCCUCGUGCCCCAAAUUGGCAUUCCUCACGGGCCUGAGCCUGCUGCUGGACAGUGGCAGAAUCCCGCCCAAGGAUCCGCGCAACCUCCUUUCCCCGGCAGCUUCCCCAGCUUUGGCACCACACUCACAGCAGAACAGCAAAAUGCAUUGGAACGGCGAAAGCAAGAGGAACAGUACCUCAUGGCCCGCCAAAAGGAGCAUCUUGCUCAGCAGCAAGCCAUCCUGAAGCAGAUGCAAGUUCCAGGUGCCCCUCCCACUAUGCAGCCCCAACUGCAGCACCAAUCUAGUGCCCAUAGCUUGCACAGUCAGCCCAGCUUCGGUAGCAUUACUUCCCCAGCUGCCUACCAGCCGUCACCGAUCCAGGCACCCCUUCAAGGCCAGCAGCAAUCCCAGGGCAUGCCCGGCUUCUUUGACGCUCCUGCUUCACUUCGACAGGGAGGAUUGCCCAACGUCCUGCCUGGCAUGCUUGGAACCGAACUCGGUGGCCAGGAUCAGCUUCCGGCCCUCUUUGAUCGUCUCAAUGUUGGCCGUCAGGAUCCUUUCGCCUUUGCACCUGCCGGCUCAUUCUCUGCCCGCCAACCCGACAGCUUCCUUCACUCUCAACAGGUAGCAUCUAUGCUCCAAGAUCGCGCUCAACUGCAGCAGGAGCAGGCUGACUUUGACAAGGCCAACCAUGCUAUGGAUCCCUUUGACCAAGAGGCGCGUGAGGAACGAUUGCGUCAAUUUCAUGCAUUGAGGGCCCAGGAAGUGGAAUUGGGUAUGCGCACUGCCGAGGGACUCCCUACUCACCCAGCUGCUAUGACUGAACAUGAGAGGGAGACUAUGGAGGCCGAAGCUGCCGAUAACGAGGAGCUCGGAGCUUCAGAAUCCGUUCUGACCCUGUCAGAACAAGUCCAUAAAGCCGCUUCCGCUCAGCGUCAGCAGCAGCAGGAGGAAGAGCAGCAUCAACAGCAGCAGCAGCAGCAACAGCAACAACAACAGCAGCAAACAACUCACGAGUCUGCCUGGGCCAAGAUUGACAAUGCUAUGCCCCAGCCUUUCCCGCCCCCUCCCUCUGCCUCGCCUUUGCCUGCUCCCGCAGCUCAGCGCAAUCGUCAGAAUGUUGCUGAGUCUCUUGCUGCUGGCUCUCGCUCCCAGACUCAGACCCCUGUCGAUGCUGCACCUACCUCUGUCGCUCCCUGGGCCAAGGACACUCAUGAGGUGCCCAAGGGUCCCUCUCUGAAGGAGAUCCAAGAGGCUGAAGCUCGAACCGCCGCUCAGCGCGAAGAGGUCGCUGCGGCCGCUCGUCGUGCUCAGCUCCUCGCGGAGCAAGAGCGCCUCAGCCAGGCUCAGGCUCAGGUCGUUCCUGGCCUUCCCUCGUCCGCGAAUUGGGCAAGUGCUGGUUCCCCUGCUACUCCAUCCUCUGCCGGCUCCCCCUGGAACACCAAGACUCAACCUGUACAAACUACUGCCGCAGCUAAGAAGACUCUUGCGCAGAUUCAGAAGGAAGAGGAGGCUCGGAAGGCGCGACUGGCUUCGGCUGCGGCGGCUGCCGCCGCGACGGCCACUCCAAGCCCUCCUGCGUCUGCGGCAAAGCGUUACGCCGACCUGGCCAGCAAAGUCCCCGCUUCGGCCACUGCUGGCUCUGCCCUCGCUCCUGGAGUUUCCGGAGCUUGGACUACUGUCGGUGCUGGUGGCAAGGCAAAGGGCCCCCCUGCCGCACCUUUGGGCCCUCGCUCUACCAGCGGCAACGUGCCCACCGCUUCUGUGGUGGCCAAGCCUCGCCCUACUGUGACUACACGAACCACCGUUGGAAGCGUUCCUCAGGCGAACCCCAACCGUGCCAUGGAGGAGUUCACCAAGUGGGCGAAGCUGGCCCUGGGUAAGGGUCUGAACAGCAACAUCAAUGUUGACGACUUUGUUCAACAGCUCCUAUUCUUGCCUGCGGAGACUGAGAUUAUCUCCGAUUCUGUGUAUGCGAACUCCCAGACCAUGGACGGCCGUCGCUUCGCGGACGAGUUCAUUCGCCGUCGCAAGCUCGCAGACAAGGGUAUUGUCGAGCCUGUUUCUCCCAGUCUCGCAGAGCAGAAGAGCGGUGGUGGCUGGUCUGAGGUUGCUAAGAAGGGAUCUGCGGCUAGUACUGCGGCUUCUCAGCAACGCGAGGAAGAGACCCCCAAUGCUGCGUUCAAAGUUGUUGCUCCUCGCAAGAAGGGCAAGCGGUAA